CAUUCAUUCAUACGACUGUGCGAAGGCUUUUAUUGCCGAGUGAAGUGCCUGUGUGUGUGUGUGUAUGCGUGUGCGUGCGCCCGGCAUUUUUGAAAGCUCCGCUGGACAAAAAUCACUUUGUCUGGGCAGCCAGGCGCACUUUCUUUUUGCCAUCGCAUGAUCCUUUCAUUUAACUGUGUCCGCGUGGCGAAUUUCGCUUUCAUUUUUGUAUUGCAACGCGCCCGCUUCGACCGGUUCAACAUACCGAGCGCUACAACUCAAUUCUAGUUAAAUGUCAUCAUCCUGCCGAUUUUUAUGAUGAUUUCGCUGCGCCUGCACUUAAGGCUCCCUCUGCUCCUCUAUGCGGUUCUUCAGGUGGCGGCCACCGUACGUCAGUCGCGUGAAAUAAUCAUCACUGAUGCGGUGCGUCGCAUCCAGCAAGAUGGCUACAAUGUGGAGCGGCAUGUGGUGACAACAAAGGACGGCUAUGUGCUCACACUGCAUCGUAUUCCCCAGCUGCAUGACCUUUUUGGCACGGUACUGCGACGACCUGUCGCCUUUCUCCUUUCCGGUCUCUAUGCCUCGUCGGAUGUAUGGCUACUGAACGGACGGGAGGACUCGCUGGCUUACCUGCUCUGGAACGCCGGCUACGAUGUGUGGCUGGGCAACAAUCGCGGCAACAUCUACUGUCGAAACAAUGUCUGGCUUAAUACGACAGAGCGCGAGUUCUGGAACUUUAGUUGGCAUGAGAUGAGCGUCUACGACAUGCCAGCCCAGAUUGAUUACAUUUUGCGAACCAGCGGUGCGACGCAAAUGCACUUUGUGGGUAUCUCACAAGGCGGCACCGUCUUCCUGGUUCUCAACUCGAUGCUGCCGCAGUACAAUGCCGUUUUCAAGACUGCCACGCUACUGGCGCCAGUGGCUUAUGUGAGCAAUACGAAGAGCGGCCUCGCGAAGAUUAUUGGACCGAUUUUGGGCACACGCAAUUAUGUGUCCAAGAUGUUGGAAGGUGUGGAAAUGUUCUCCACCAACAAGUUUUUCAAGAAGUUUCUGUCAAUGACAUGUCUAGAGAAUGAGAAACCCCUAGUCUGCAUCACACGCUUAUGGCCUGUCGUGGGUUACGACACACGCUUUUUGAAUAAGACCCUUUUGCCAGAUCUGAUGGCCAAUUUCCCUGCAGGUGGUUCCGUUAAACAGCUUAUGCACUAUUUUCAAGGCUACGUUUCCACAAAGUUCCGGCAGUACGAUUAUGGACCAGAGCGCAACUGGCUGCACUAUCAACAGCUUGAGCCGCCAGAGUAUGCACUGGAAAAUGUUACCACUCCAGUCACCAUAUUCUUCUCCGAGAACGAUUAUAUUGUAGCGCCAGCGGACAUUUGGAGACUAGUGAUGCGGCUGCGCAAUGUAGAGGCCGUCUACAGGGUGCCUUGGAAGCGCUGGAACCACUUCGACUUUAUCUGCGGCCUGGGAGUACGGGAGUACAUAUUCGACAAUAUCGUACGCACCAUGAAUCGGUAUGAGCAGCGUCCUAGAUAG